UGAAGAUAGUGAGAGGUGAGAGCAAUCCGAAGUCCAAAUGCAACCAAUACCACACACAACUCCCCCCAUAUGGCAAAGGAAUGAAAUUUGAGUGGAACAAAAAUAACAAACAGUUGAGUGAUGGGCAUAAAGAUGGCGGCUGCCACGGUUCUUCAUGAUGUGGCGGCGGCUUGUCUCCGGCCGCCGCAUUCGCUGCCGCGGACGACGGCUAAAGAACCCAGACUCAGACCAGGACUUGCUUUCCCUCACCUUUACGGUAACAAGCUUCCCGUUCUCGGUCGUGGCUAUGGUGUUGGUAACCGUAGUUUCAUCACUUGCUAUGUUGACCCAUCCACCGAGUCUCGUGUCAGCGUGUUAGGGGUGAGUCAGAUAAAGGAGCAAUGCAGUAAGUGGCAAUGGAAAGGUCGGUACUCCAUCAAUUACUUUGUUUCCUCCUCAUCUUCUACCAACCCUCCUUUGCUUCUCGUUCAUGGAUUUGGUGCCUCCAUUCCCCAUUGGCGGAGGAAUAUUGACACAUUGGCUCAGGAUUACACUGUUUAUGCUAUUGACCUUCUGGGUUUUGGUGCAUCAGAUAAGCCCCAAGGUUUUUCAUAUUCCAUGGAAGCUUGGGCUGAGUUGAUACUAGAUUUCUUGAAUGAAGUUGUUCAGAAGCCUACUGUGUUGAUUGGAAACUCUGUGGGAAGUCUUGCUUGUGUGAUAGCUGCCUCAGAAUCUAGUCAAAACCUGGUUCUAGGGAUUGUGCUGUUGAAUUGUGCUGGUGGGAUGAACAACAAGGCAAUUGUUGAUGAUUGGAGGAUCAAACUCCUCUUACCUUUGCUUUGGUUGGUUGAUUUCUUAUUGAAGCAAAGACGAAUCGCCACGGCCGUCUUUGAGCGCGCCAAGCAAAGAGAUAAUCUAAGGAACAUUUUGUUAUCUGUUUAUGGAAAUAAAGAGUCCGUUGAUGAUGAACUAGUUGAGAUCAUCAAUGGACCAGCAAACGAUGAAGGUGCUCUCGAUGCCUUUGUCUCGAUUAUAACUGGUCCACCAGGGCCAAACCCUGUGCAAUUGAUGCCGAGAAUCAACUUACCUGUCCUAGUUUUAUGGGGUGAUCAAGAUCCUUUCACCCCUAUAGAUGGGCCUGUAGGUAAGUACUUCUCUUCCUUACCUUCGAAAUCGUCGAAUGUAAGCCUUUAUAUGUUGGAAGGUGUAGGGCAUUGCCCCCAUGAUGACAAACCUGACCUAGUUCAUCAAAAGUUGCUUCCUUGGUUGGCUCAAGUUACUGCUUCGUGAGCAGCCAUUGAUGUAAUUGCUAGAAACUGGUGGCCAUUUGUAUGGUAGAUUUUUGAUCCAAGGAAUAUAUAUAUAUAUAGCAAUGAUAUGUCAUGUAUAUGUUGCAUUGGCACUAUCCUAUAAAUAGGUGUCAAUUUCUUCACUAUUUACUUUUUAGAAUUUCUUUAUUUGACAUUUGAAAACAAAUUCAUAAUAGAUGGAUGAUAGUUGAAAAUGA